CAGCCCAAUCCUCCAUAACUUGUCUUAUUAUCGAUGCUACCCCACUCUCCCUGCACUUCCACUUUCUCUGUUUACACCAAUUCUCAAUAUCUGAAAAGAAAUUCCAAUUUCAUUUCUCAGAACUAAAAUGCUAAUUACCUGAAAGACUUCAUAUAUUCUCUCCCAAUUACACACGCUGCCACUUCUUCUUUUCUCCCCCGGUUUUCGCAUCAUUUCAGCUCUAUAUGCACAAGGGUAUAUUAUAUUUAUGUCUAUUUCUCUGUCUUGGUUGAAAAAUGUGGAGGUUGUGGAUAUCUAUGUGAAGAAAGUGCAGUGCUGACUGAUUUCAGCUGAAUUAUGUUUUCAUACUUUAAGAAAUUGAAGGUCGAUUCUUGGAUCUGCGACUUACGACGUCAUUUUCGGUUGCCUUUGAGGAAAAACUAGGGUUUUUUGAAUUUGAAUGAUUUCGAAUGUUUCUGAAUAAUUGAGGGUUAUAAUUAUUAUCAUUUUUUUGGUUAGUCUUUUUUUUUCCGUCAUUUAUUGGCAUGAAUCGGAGUUUUAGGGCAUCGGAGAGGGAGAAAAUGGGUAGUCUGAGAACAUCAAUGAUGAAGGAUACCAAGGAUGAGGACCUAGCAUUGUUUCGCGAGAUGCGAAAACGCGAUAAGGAACUGAAUAAUCUUCUUCUCCUUCAGAACUCUGACGAGCUUGAUUCUCCACUUGGGUCAAGAGUUCGUAGUUCUCCAAUAUUUAAUAUAACAUCAGCUAUACCUGCACCUGUUAGGAAAAUUGGUGCUGAUGAUUUUCUCAAUUCAGACAAUGAUAAAAACGAUUAUGAAUGGCUUUUAACACCGCCCGGUACUCCUCUUUUUCCUUCACUGGAAAUGGAAUCACAGAAAACUGUUAUGAGCCAGCUGGGAACUCCAAAAGCCCGUCCCACAGCACUAAAAUCUAGACUUGCAAAUCCAGAGCCUGAGCCCGGUGCAAGGAGCAACAUGUCAUCCAGACAACCAGCUUCAUCUCCGUUGAAUGCCUCAAGUGGUGGUCUUUCUAGGCCUUCAUCUGGGGGUCAUGGAUCAAGACCUGCAACACCAACUGGGCGUCCAACUUUGAGCUCAACAUCUAGUUCUACUUUUACCUCGGCAUCUAAUAAACACUCACUGAACCACAAAACCACCACUCUGACAUCAUCUGGAACAACAUCAAAUACAGUAUCUAAACCUUCGAGAUCUAAGACACCUACUUCCCGUGGCACGUCGUCUUCCUUGAAGCCCACAGUUCUGUCAAGAUCUUCUACACCUACAACAAGGUCUACUGCAAGAUCCUCAACACCAACCAGGCCGUCUGUACCUGCACCGAAGUCCACUUCCAGAGCAGCAACUCCAACUCGUAGGCCCACUUUAACAUCAAGUGCAACAUCAGCUGCUCGUGUAAAUUCCCCGACUUCAUCUUCAGUUGCCAAGCCAGUUCCCACUGCAGUAAAAAAUCCAGUUCCACCAAGGUCCAGUUCCCCAACUGUGAGACCCAGAACAUGGAAGCCUUCUGAAAUGCCUGGAUUCUCCCUUGAUGCCCCUCCAAAUUUGAAGACAUCUCUGCCGCCUGACAGGCCACCUUCUGCCACUAGGGGCAGACCUGGAGCACCAAGUCCUCGAUCUUCAUCUGUUGAACCUAUUUCGAAUGGAAGGGUUAGAAGACAAUCUUGUUCUCCAGCACGAGGACGGCUCCCCAGUGGGACCAUUCGUAGCAGUGGAAGCUCUGUCCCUGUGCCUGCUGUAAAUAGGUUGCAUGCCAAGGCUAAUGACAACGUAAGUCCUGUUCUUUAUGGUACUAAAAUGGUCGAGAGGGUCAUAAAUAUGCGGAAAUUGAUUCCACCUAAGCAAGAUGAUAAGCAUUCGCCUCGUAGCAGCUUAUCAGGAAAGUCCUCAUCACCUGACAGCACGGGCUUUGGAAGAACGCUCUCGAAGAAAUCUUUAGAUAUGGCAAUAAGGCAUAUGGAUAUAAGGCGAACUAUUCCAGGCAAUCUGCGUCCACUAAUGACUAACAUCCCGGCAUCCUCCAUGUACAGUGUGAGAUCAGGGCCUACCAGAAGCAAGGCAAUCAGUGUCUUGGAUUCCCCACUUGCAACAAGCAGUAAUGCAAGUUCUGAUGUGAGUGUCAAUAAUAAUGCCCUUUGUGUGGAAGGAAACGAAGUAGAUGAUGAUGUUAGCAGUGAUAAGGGUAUUCGAUCUCCUACCAACUUACACGGCAGGUGAUGAUUCGUUCGAACUAUCAUAAUACUAUACGGUCUUCAGUUCUUGCCGUCCAUUUAUUUUUAUUUAGAUCCUCAACUGGCAUACAGUUGUGCCAAAUGAGUAAUACUACAGAAAAAACUGGUAGAAAAUCAGUUUGUUAUGAUCAGUGUAAAGUUUAAUGCAUGGGUUAGAUUGUAUUAGUUGAAAUCUUCAUAUUAUCAUUAAUGACACUUGGUUAUAUUCUAAAAUGUCUUCCAUUUACGUGA